CUUCCCCUCCCUCUCCUUCACUUUCUCUCAUCCUGAGCAUAGGAGCAAAACUCAGCAUCUUCAGAGCCUUCUCUCCUGGUCUAUGCCAACAACUGAAGUCAUGAAUGUAGGUAUCUACGUGUGUGUUAUCCUGGCUGCUUUGUCCAGUGGCUCUCUGAGUCUACCUUCACAGUCAAUGAGAGCUGAGAGUACAACUCGCCUAACAAACAGUCUCCAUGCUCCGUCACCCAACCACACACGCCAGGCCCGCUCAGCUCCAGCGCCACCUUCAGACCAGUUUACCCGCUACAGCCAGGUCCAUGAGAACGCAGAGGCUCCAGACAGCCUGAGCCAGCUCCUGGCUAGACUCGUCCCCAGAAAAGGUUCUCCCUUCCAGAUCAGAUCCUCCCUCAGCAGCAGAGCUGUGGGCCCCAGCCACAGGAUAAAAGACAGAGAUUACCUCGGUUGGAUGGACUUUGGACGGCGUAGUGCAGAAGAGUAUGAAUAUUCCCAGUGAAGCCACAACUCGCUUUCAGGCUCCACAUCAUAAUCCCCAACAUCCCCAAUUAAAGCCAGCACAUAGCAAUUUCUAUUUUUCACAAUACACUUAAAUUAUGAUUCUGCAGUUUAGCAUCACAUGACAGCUUACCAAAUAAAGCAGACAGUAAUUAACAUUUUUAUUUUGAUGAAAGACAUUUAGAAGAUCAAAAGCAGUAUUUUUCCAUCUCUGAUUAUUUCUUAUUUCUUCUCCAAACGUGGUCUAAAAGAAGGGUUUUUUUUGUGCAACACAUUCAGCAGUUCACAGCACACAGCCUCAAUUAGCUUCAACUUCACACAGAUGUCCAGUAGGGAACAUCUUUUUAUGUCCCACCAUCUGCAUCAUGGCAUCACGCUGAAUGAUGAAGAGGGGCUGAAAGGACAACAUCUCCGGUCCGCCUCUGGAGGGUAAAUCUAGGAGAACAGUGUGAAAGAGUGACAAGAUAGGAACUUGUUUCAGACGUUUCCAGGAAAUUGGCAUUCCAACAUCCAGUCAUGACUCUUUCAAAUCAGGAUCAGAAAUUCUGUAGAUAUUAUCUCCACAGUUGAGGUGUUAGAAGUGUUGUUUUUCUUUGGGAAGACUAUAAUGUGGAGGUUUGCCCUCUGAAAGGUGAAGUUUCUGUAAUAAACAUGUUUCUAUUAAUGUUCUGAUUCAAUACAAGUCUAAAUAAAGCUCAUCCUUUCUCUGACAUCAGCAAGAAAUGCAGAUGCAUCAUUUUGUAUGAAGGCUGAUCCCAAACAUCUCAUGUAGCUGCUCUGUCAGUCCAUAAAUUUCAGCACUGAAAUAAACGAUGCACUUAGUGUCUA